AUGAAAUCAGAAAGUGGUAUGCCGUCGCCGUCGCCGUCACCGCCGCCGUCGAACCAUCUAUUGUUCUAUGGAGAAGAUUUCCCCCUGGGUAGCAUGAUCAUGAUCUGGCAAAAUCCAGAUUUGCAGAAGUUGGUGGACGCUGAAAAGCGCAACCGGGCUAAAUGGUCUGUAUACCAUCUGCUAUCAGGCCUGCAAAACCAUUGUGGCGAACCAGGUUGCAACGUCGUUAAGGAGGUAAAUAACAUCUACAUCGACGAACGAGGUGCCCACAGACGUGGCAAUAGAGUAACACCAGUUCCUACGGACGACAUUAUGGAAACUAUCCAUCCUCCUGACGAGAUGGGAUUUUCGCGUGUCCAAUAUGACGCAAUGACCCCUGAACAGCGGCAGGAAAUUUACAGGAAGAAGGCAAAAAUGCCCAAAGAUCAAUGGCUUUUAGCCAGGAAGGAGGCAAGAGAGAAGGAGAUCGAAAUGUACAAAGAGGAUCAAAAAAGGAGAGAGAAGGAGCAAACGAUGAUUAUUGAUGAUUUUACGUAUUGGGAGGAGAAGGAAGCCUAUCUCGCUGAAAAAUACGCAAGCUUGAUUGGUGCGGAGCGAAAACCCGGAGACGAUGAACUGCCAGACGCUACGCCGUCAAGAGUUUCAAAUAGGAAACGCCGUCACCCAGAUGGUGACGCAGAUCAAGUAAAUUCGCGUGCUGCUACGCGUCGCAAAUUACAACAGCCAAACUCGACCAUCACUCCAGCUUUAACACGACCAACAGCAAGGGCCUCAAAACUACGCGAGAGAAGAACAACCACAAUCGCCGCUUCAGUAAUGGGCAGUUUCUAUGACGAAAGUGUGAGGAGAAGUGCCCGGAUUGCGAGGCCGCCAAGGAACCAUACUUUGCAUAAUAGGUCGUCAUCCAGGACUAAAAGUACUAGAAAAUAA